GACGCAGAGGAGAAAAAUUUCUGAAGAGCACAGCAGCCUGAACGGCAGCCUUUCGGCACAGCUGAGAACUACACAGCAAUCAUGAGUACGGUCACUAAGAACUCAUUGGAGAGAAUCCUUCCACAGCUAAAAUGCCACUUCACCUGGAAUUUAUUCAAGGAAAAGGAUAUCCUAAUUCAUCUAGAAGACAGAGUGUGUAACCAGAUUCAGUUGCUAAGCACCGAAUUCAAAGCCACAAUGUACAACUUGUUGGCCUACCUGAAGCAUCUACAAGGUCAAAACGAGGCAGCCCUGCAAUGCUUACAGCAAGCUGAAGAGUUAAUCCAGCAAGAACAUGCUGAGCAAGCAGAAAUCUGCAGUCUGGUCACCUGGGGAAACUAUGCAUGGAUCUACUAUCACCUGGGCCAGCUUAAAGAUGCUCAGGCUUACGUUGACAAGGUGAAACAGGUCUGUGUGAAGUUUUCAAAUCCUUACAGUAUUGAAUGUCCUGAGCUUGACUCUGAGGAGGGAUGGACACUGUUGAAGUGUGGAAGAACUGAAAGGGCUAAGAUGUGUUUUGAGAAGGCUCUGGAAGAGAAACCUGACAACCCAGAAUUCUCCUCUGGACUAGCAAUUGCAAUGUACCACCUGGAUCAUAAUCCACGGAAGCAGUUCUCUGUCAGUGCUCUGAAGCAGGCUAUUGAGCUGAGUCCUGAGAACCAGUAUGUCAAAGUUCUCUUGGCCCUGAAACUGCAGAAAAUCAAUGAAGGACCUGAAGGGGAGCGACUGAUUGAAGAGGCCCUGGAGAAGUCUCCUCAGCAAACAGAUGUCCUUCAAAGUGCAGCCAAAUUUUACAAAAAAAACGGCAACCUAGACAAAGCUAUUGAACUCUUUCUAAGGGCCUUGGACUCCACCCCAAACAAUAGCUACCUCUAUUACCAUAUUAUGUACUGCUACAAGGAAAAAAUCAAACAAAUGCAGAAUACAGGUGAAUCUGAAACCAAAGGAGAUAGAGAGAAGAUUGAAAAGUUAAGGGCCUUACUUAUUAACUAUAAAAAUGAAGUUAUAGAGAAGGAGCCAAAUUUUCUGAAUGCACCCUGUGAUCUCACUAUGUUUGAGGAAGCAGAAACAUGUUAUCAGAGAGCGUUCAGUGUGGAGCUUCCCGGGGCUAACAGCCAAUGACUUCAUAUUGACCAUAGCAACACUCAAGAAUAGUACAGGAAGUCAGAAGACACUACAAUUGAAAAUUAUUUAGAGAGUUUCCCUGUAAGCAAAAAAUCGUCUGAGAAGGAAGAGUUGAAGCAUAACACAACUGAAAAUCUGCCUCCACAAAACGCACUGAAUCCUUGUAUCUACAAGGGUUAAAUGCAGGCCAAUGGAGAUCUGCCACAAGCUGUAGGAUGCUAUGAGUAGGAACUGGGCCAUCUGCUAAAGGAUGCCCCUUGGGGUAUAGACAGUGUGUUCCUGCCAGCCUCUGAGCCUGAAGACAACCGUAAGGAUAUGUUCCAGAAUGCAGGUAGCUCCACUCGCAGAGAGCUUCCACAUUCCUGGCCUGGGACAAAGAGGAAGAAGGGAAGCAAAGCAUCUGAAGGCCCAGCGUGGUGGUUGGGAUGGGGAGAGGGCUGGGGAAACAGGAGGCCCCCGACUUGAGGUUGCUCGCCACAGUGCUCUUGCUCAUGACUUUCAUGUACAUUUUAAAAGAGUUGUUUUCUCAUGUUCUGUCCAUCCCAGCCACGCAGUUAUCUGAACAGCAGGUCUAUUACCAGUCGCUAGUAACUCGGGUUGCAUAAAGCUGAUUUGUUCUCAGUCUGUACUCUGUUGCCACGUAACCCCCAUCUACCCUUCUGGCCAAGGAUUCCACAUGGCAGGGGUCUACUGACAAAUCUUCAGUCACUUGCUUUGUCCCAUUUCCAUUCAGGCUUCUGGGCCUGAAGGGUUAACUUUUGUGUAACCUUAGAAUGUUCUUUACAUCUUAUUACUGGCUUUAGCUAAUUUGUGUGUAUUUUGUUUUUGUUUUUGAUUUUUACAACACUGGGUAUUAAACUCAGGAUCUUUGCACUGAGCUACA